AUGAUACUGAAAACCGUCCAACAAAUUCUCUCAAGAUCGGACAGACUCAAAUGGGAGAGUAUCCCAUUUCCAACACCGCUUCAUUUUCAACUCGAUUAUGUCUAUACCAUUGAUGAAGAUGCGGGCCUUUUCACCGUCACCCAGUGGACAAGCGUGGAAGGGACGCUCUACCCGGGAGUCCGACAGGCGACAUUGGCCAGUAUCCGAGAGACAUCGCUCAGUACAUUAGUGACACUGCUUGAUGACGGGGUGGCUGUGUCUGAGUCUGCUGAUCACUUACAGAGUGAUUUGAAUGAUGCAACUGAUGUGCAAAAGCUAUUGAAUUCGUUUGGAAUCACGCCCAGGAUCCCCGCACAACUGAACGAGCUACAAUUCCAGCUCUUUACGGACUUUGUCUUCACGUGGCGGUUCUAUUUCGACAAUAUUUCUACCUGGGAACGCUCCUUUCCCCUUUUUGCUGCCCUUGCUAUUGGAUUACUACGCAUCGCCGCAUGGGACUUUGAGGUCAGGGGUAAGGAUAUAGAAGACCUCCCGAUCACGUUUUCCUCCCUUCCAGCGUGGAAGGCACCUGCUGAUGACAUAUUUUGGUUCCAUAAAUAUCUGAUCGUGUUCUGCAACACUGACCAAAUCGGCACAUCUCUGGCGGCAAAAGCAAAACGUUUUAUAUCCCAUGGCAACAUUCACACAAAGCCUGUUCAUGGGAUAGCUAUUUCCAUACGACAUAUCGAACUUUUCGAGAUUUGCAAUGGCGAUAUAACCCAUUCUCCACCUAUUCCUCUUAAUAUUGGCUUAUAUAUUCACUUCAAAUCCCUGGAAGGGACCUUCAGCUUUCGCUAA